CAGGGAUGCUUAGCAAGUUUCUUCACCUGCCCUUCUUCCCAUGUACUAACUAGGGAUACCAUGUCAGAAUCUUAGAUAAGAAUCCCAACCCAAUCAAACUAUGACAUCUGUAAGUAUUCAAAAUUGGAAUUUGCAUUGUGAUAGUUGAGUGGAAGAAUCGAUUAAGGCUUGAGUGGAAGACAAACUUCAGUGGAGGAAAGUAAUUAAUUAGACCAUUAUUUGUUGGUUUGAUGAGAAAAGUUUGCUGGUGAUAGUCCAUAAUCUUUGUCCGACCAGAAAAUAAGAAAAGUUGUCUUGUACCAUUUCUGCCAGUGUGGGUCCCACCCACCCCAUGCGAGUAAUUUGAAGAAGUCCACCGACAAUUUCCCAAAAGCUUUGGCGUCCAACUUUGCCGACCCCAUCCCCAUGUGAGGCCAUAGAAAAGUUUUCAGCCACAAUCAAAUAAGGAACAGUCCUUGAAAAGAGAGGGUUUUCCAAGGCCAAGAUUACAAGUUCAUGUUAUUUACAGUCUCAAAAAGCUUCCAUACUUGUUUACAAACCUGUAUUUUCAAGUUGUGCUAGCCUAGCUAUUUGCAAAUCUUGGAAUAUUUUACUUCAUCCAAAUCCCUUGAAGUCUGCAGAGAAGAUAAAAGACAUGGCUUUGAUUGGAGAGGCUCUUAUCUCUGCUUCCGUCCAGGUGUUGUGCGACAGAAUUACUUCACCCGAGUUCGUUGACUUAUUUCGGCACAAGAAACUCGAUGAGCCACUCCUCAGGAAGCUGAGGACGACACUGUUGGCCUUGAACUUGGUGCUCAAUGAUGCAGAGGAGAAGCAACUUGUGAACCGAGAUGUGAAAAAGUGGCUUGACGAGCUCAAACAUGCUGUCUUUGAUGCGGAGGACUUACUGGAUGAGAUUGACACUGAAGCUUUGAGAUGCAAGCUGGAAGAAGGUGAAGAUCAAACUCACAAAUUUACCAAUAAGGUGCGGAACUUGCUCUUUUCUUCUCGUAGUCAUUUUUAUCAGAGCAUGAAUGAUAAGAUAAAAGAGUUACUAGCAAGGUUAGAAAACUUUGUACAACUGAAAAGUGCUCUUGGUCUGGGAGAAGUUGCUGGGAGGAAGGUUUCGCAAAGAACUCAAACAACCUCCUUGGUUCUUGAACCUUAUGUAUAUGGUAGAGAUGAAGUCAAAGAAAAGUUAUCAAAAGUUUUGCUAUCUGAUGAAGCAGGCAAGGAUCCUGUGUCUUUCCUCACCAUUGUUGGAAUGGGUGGGGUUGGCAAGACAACCCUUGCUCGAAUGCUUUACAAUGACGAUAAGGUGAAAGGGCAUUUUAAACUUAAAGCUUGGGCUUGUGUUUCAGACUACGAUGAUUAUAUUAAAAUUACUAAAACUCUCCUUGAGGCAGUCACUUCAAAGCCUUGUAACACGGCAAAUCUGAAUUUGCUUCAAGAAGAUCUAAGAGAGCAAUUGAAGGGAAGGAAAUUUUUAUUUGUGUUGGAUGACCUAUGGAAUGAGAAUAAUGAGGAUUUGAACUACCUUAGAGCUCUUUUUAUUACUUUAGGAACAAUGGGAAGUAAAGUCAUUGUAACAACACGGAGCAAAAAUGCAGCAUCUGUCAUGCAAAAUGUUCAUAUUCAAUACUUAGAACCAUUGUCGCAGGAGGACUGCUGGUUAUUACUUGCAAAACAUGCAUUUGGAAAUGUAAAGUGUAGUGCACAUUCAAACUUGGAAGAUAUUGGAAACCAAAUUGCACGCAAGUGCAAAGGGUUGCCUUUAGCUGCACAAACACUUGGGAGUUUGUUACGUUGCAAUAUGAAUUUCGAGUACUGGAAUAGAAUACUAAAUGAUAGUUUUUGGGACCACCCCUAUGAUAAAACUAACAUUCUUCCGGCUCUAGGGUUGAGUUACCAUUAUCUUCCUACUCAGUUGAAACGAUGCUUUGCUUAUUGUUCAAUUUUUCCAAAGGAUUAUGAGUUUGAAAAGGAAGAUAUAGUUCAAUUAUGGAUUGCAGAAGGUAUAAUUCCACAAGCUGAGAAUGGAAAUAGGAUGGAAGCAUUGGCUAGAAUAUACUUUGAUGAGCUGUUAUCACGAUCGUUGUUUCAAAAGUCAAGUAAAUUCAGCUUCAUUAUGCAUGAUCUCAUUAAUGACUUGGCUAUGUUCAUGUCUCAGGGGUUUUGCCUUAGGCUCGAAUAUGGGGUAUCCCAUGAAGUUAAAAGAGCUCGUCAUUUGUCAUAUGCUAGGGGAGCAUUUGAUGCUGCUCCAAGAUUUGAACCAUUAUAUGAGGCUAAAUGUUUGCGGACCUUCCUACCUACCUCUUUAAAUCCAUAUAGAUUUUAUGAAAGAUUUUUUGUAAGUAAAAAAGUUCUACAAGAUUUGUUGCCAUCACUAAGAUGUUUACGGGUGUUAUCAUUGUCACGUUAUCAAAAUGUUACUGUGUUACCUGAUUCUAUUGCAAACCUCAUUCACUUGCACUACUUGGAUCUUUCCCAUACCGCAAUUAAAAGGUUACCUGGGGUACUUUGCAAUCUCUUCAACUUGCAGACAUUACUAUUGUCAAAUUGUUCCUCACUCCAUGAAUUGCCUGCAGACAUUAGAAAAUUGAUUAAUUUACAGAAAUUGACAUUGGGCGGUUGUAGUUCUCUUAAUAAAUUGCCUGCAGGCAUGAAGGAGUUGACUAAUUUGCAUCAUCUUGAUGUCAGUGGAACUGAAAUAGUAGAGAUGCCGGUGCAAAUGGGUAGACUGAAAAAUUUGAGAACAUUGACUGCAUUUGUUGUGGGCAAAUCUACUGGGUCAGGCAUAAGAGAACUGAGCGAGUUCCCGCAACUUCAAGGAAAACUAUCAAUUUUGAAGCUACAAAAUGUAGUUGAUGCGAGGGAUGCACUGCACGCCAAUAUGAAGCUCAAGACAGAUCUCAAGGAGUUAGAGUUUUCAUGGGGUGCGCAGGAUGCUGAUGAUUCCCAAAAGGAGAAAGAUGUACUUGACAAGCUCCAGCCUUGCGUGAAUUUGGAGAAAUUAACCAUUGGAUUCUAUGGUGGAACCAAUUUUCCGAAUUGGUUAGGAGACUCGUCUUUUUCUAACAUACAAGUCAUGCAUCUCAGUGACUGUAGUUAUUGUUGGUCGCUCCCACCAGUUGGACGGCUGUCGGCACUCAAAGAGCUCUGUAUAAAAAGAAUGAAGUCUUUGAGGACGAUUGGCGUUGAAUUCUAUGGCAGAGAUGGAGCUUAUCUGACUCAGCCAUUUCGAUCUCUGGAGAAGCUAGAGUUUAUAGAGAUGCCGGAGUGGGAGGAAUGGGUACCAAGUGGAAGUGCAAGUGGUAGUGAAUAUGGUCCAGACUUUCCUCAUCUCCAGGAGCUGAUUCUAAACGAGUGUCCGAAGCUAAGAGGAAGUUUGCCUUGUGAGUUGCCUUGCUUGAAGAAGCUUACGGUGUAUGGGUGUAAGGUUUUACAUGAUGGAAGGGCCGCUACCGCAACUACCAAUAGUCUUAACUAUAAAUCUCUGGAAGAAUUGGAUAUAAGGGGUGGAUGCCAAACUCUGUUAUCAUUAUUAGAGACAAAGCUCCUGUCCCGACUUAAGAUUGAAAAUGUUGACGUACAGUGCUUGCCCAACUGCAAUCGUCUUCAACGUUUGACUCUUUUGAAUUGUCCAACGCUGUCGUCAUUCCCUAAAGAUGGCCUACCCACUACAUUGACAUCACUUACUAUACUCAAUUGUAGGAGAUUAGAAUUCCUACCUCAUGAGAUGUUGGCCAAAUUAACAUCGCUUGACUAUUUGGGCAUACAAAGUAGCUGUGAUUCAAUGAGGUCCUUACCGUUGGGCAUUUUUCCCAAAUUGACGACGCUUCAAAUUCUUGGUUGUGAGAAUCUGGAAUCUUUUUCCUUGAUUGAAGAAGAAGGAGCUGUUGAGAAUCUCAGCCAUCUCAAUUCCUUGCAAGUCAUUAACUGUCCAAAAAUGGUGUGUUUUCACGAGGGAGAAUUGCCCUUUCCCAACCUGAGUCACUUUGUAGUCAUUGACUGCGAGAAUUUGAAGUCAUUGCCCGAACGCCUUCACACCCUCACUGCCCUUCGAUCUUUGAAUAUAUGGAAUCUUCCGAAUCUGGAGUCAUUUGCAGAAGAUGGGGGUUUGCCUCCCAACCUCCGAUCUUUUAUCAUUAGGAAUUGUAAGAGACUGAGGGCACUUGACUCAGUGGGUUUGCAAGCACUUGUCUACCUUCAGAUCGAUGGAAGUGACCAUGUCUUGGAGACGUUGCUGCUCCCUACCACUCUUCACACUCUCUGCAUCUCUGAUCUAUCAACUCUGAAAUCUUUGGACGGAAAGGGUCUUGGACACCUCACUUCUCUUCAAACUCUAAAAAUUUACAGCUGUCCAAGUCUUCAAUGCCUGCCAGAAGAGGGUUUGCCGCCAUCUCUUUCUCAUCUGAGUAUCCGCUGUUGUCCUACCCUGGAGGAAAGGUAUAAGAAUAAAACGGGACAAGAUUGGGCAAAGAUAUCUCACAUUCCUUGCAUCGAGAUAGGGGAAGAAGUGAUCAUAUAAUAUGAGCUAUUCCAUAUUUCACGCUCAACCCUCAACUCUCAAAUCAAAGUCAGGUGAGUUUGUCGAUCUUGGGCAAGUGGAGAGAGAGGCGUCAAGUGAUACACAACAACCAUUUUCUGUGAGCUAAUUUGAUAAUGAUAAAUGGUAUGCUUUCUUGUCUUAAGCUGUGUGUUCUGCAAUUAUUUAAAACAAAGAGUGCCGCGCUUCAAGUUCGAGGAAAACAGGAACAGACCAAAUAUGUUCACACGUGGCAUCGCUCAAGUCAUCAUCAUUUCCGACAGAAAAUCAGCCUUCAAGUGUCUGCUGAGUCAAUGAACCUUUCUAGAUAUAUCAAGUGCAAUGGAAAUUCAUGAGUUACAUAGAGAUUUGUAAACAUUUUGAAGAUUGCAACACCUGCAAGUGAGAUAGGUGGUGACGAAAUCAGAGCUGAUCUUGAAGCCUCUGAUGCCCCGGUUGUUGCAAGUUGCACCUGAGAACAUGUUUUUUUGGGGUAAAAAACUGGCAACAUGUUCGGAGCUGGCAAUUCAGUCAGUGAUGAAGUUGAGAAGCAAAGCUCCAGUAAGGAAAUUGGUCGAGGUCGCCACAGGGAUGAUUGAUGGUGAAAUGGAUGCUAUUUCUUAUUGCAGCCUGUUCUCAAAGUUCUUGUUGGCAAAUGCAAGAAAUGGAGUAUUUUGAUUGGAAGGAGAGAUAAUGACAUGUCUUGACAAUUCUAGAACAGCCCAUCUGAGUUCUUUUGUCAGGCUGCAUCAUUCAAUCCCGGCAAAUAUCCAGUUUCUGCUAAACAAUCACUUAUGGCAAGGCCAACUCUGGUAAACAAUUACAUUUUUUCUUUUGAGGAAUUUCACUUUGUCAUCAAACAGUAUUCUAAUGCAUUAUGGUAGCACUACACGCUUUUGUUGUAACAAAUUACAAUGAGGAAUUUGGAUUGAGGAAUUUGGAUUGAGUUUCUUUUAUGCUUUGUUUAGAUUAAAAAUAUCAGUUUCCUGUGUUAAUAACAUUACAGUUUUAUGGAAUGGUUUAUCUUGUUUUUCUGGACAAAAA